CAUGACAAGUAUUUUUACCAAAGCUGGGAGAAUCGGAAAGCCAGUCUAUGACAAAUACGCAAAGCCGUUUUUGAAUUUCAAUUUUGAAAUGUGGAGGAAACAUCCUGUUCAGUACGCAAGCGUCAUGAGUAUUAUUCCGGUGUGUUAUUUGCUAAUUGCAGAUUCAGACUCCCGCUACAUGGAGGCAGAAAAACUUGCGGGACCCCCGAUUUACCGUGUUCCAAGAAGAGAGACAGUUCCUUCCUUGGAGGAAUUGGAGGCGAAGUACGGCAAAGUAUAAAUAAGAGACAUGCUCUUUCCGUAUUAAUCCUGGACUAAAAACUGUGUAAAUAUUGUGUCCUUUCAAGGUUUUUAUGAACUAAGAUGUCUUGGUAGAAUGGCAAGAAGCUGAUUAAAUAAUUGAAUUCUAAGGAAGGCUAAGUAAGAUUGUAGUAACUUAGUUCAUUAUUUAUUAUAUAAUCAAUCGCUCCUUUCAACUGUGAUCAAUUUGAUAAUUAAGAUCAGACGGGCACUAUAUGAUUUGAUAAAUUAAAUGAACUAUGAAGUAGCCAUAUCAUCUAUAUAAUAAUACCUACUAAUCUAUAAAUAUGGUUAAUUGGCUUUAUAACUGAAUUGUGUAGUUUUUUAUCAUUAAUGAUUAACCCCAUGACCUUCAUCUAAUUGCUGGAUAGGAAAAUAUAUUUUGGUAACUUUCGAUUAAACAAAAUAAUAAUCAUCAUUCGUUCGUAAUUUUCUGUUCUCUAGGAAUGAUACACGAUGAGAUCAGUAUAGUAAUCACAAAAGUUCAAUGAACUUCGAGUGAAUUGGACUGUACAGUUUCAAUUGUUUAAAUUGAUCGUCUAAACAUUUUUAAGGAGUCAUAGCCAAGCUAACUACUUAUCAUUACAGCAAUGGAAUGGCAAGUAACUUCCGCACCGUCGAAAGAACAUUGCUCGAAUUUCAACGAUGACCUCACUUUCAGAGUUGAGUUGUUCAGUGAUAUCCUCAAUCCACCCCUGGCAAAUCAACUUGGUCGAAUCGAAUGUGCUCUGAACGUUCUUUCGAGGAACAAUAAAAUGUCUGUCAAGACCAUCAGUAAAAAGACCAAGAAAAAUCAUAAUCAUCAUUGCAAUCUUUGCGAAGAAAAUUCAAUUUACAAGGUACCUCUGAACUGCGAAGUUAAAUUUACUCAAUUCUCUAAACUCACUUUUAAAGAUAUGGAGGAUGCUUUGUUUUUGAGAGAAUCUGCAAAGUAUCAAUCUCACAAUAAACUCAUGAAGCUAGUCAAUUCAGAGCAGGACCUGUUUGAAAACUUUCUUGGUUCAUUAAACAACAAGUUCUCUAUGGUUAAAUCUAAAAUCCCAAGUCCUUGGUAUCAGCACGCUCAUCAAAAGUUUGAUCAAGCUGUCAUGAAAGAGUACGGAAAUUGUGCAAAUAACUUCAGACUUUUAUCAACACAUGUUCUAAAUGUUUCAGUGAUUUCAAUUGCAUCACCUUCAAUCGAAAUAUAUGGCCAACUUCUUGCUUAUGGCAACAUUUUCAAGAUUAAAUUACCUAAAUUGGGUCAGCUGAUUAAAACGGAUCUAAGUGUUUUACACCGACCACGUCAUAAAUCAAAGAAGACACCUUCUGACGGGACUACACAUGAAAUUACCCGAGCUGUGCCUUGUAGAGAGCAAAGUCCGACUCCAAGUGGAAUUGUCACAAACAUUACAGAAAACGCCAGCAUCGAUCAAAUUGUGCUCCAAAAUGGAGAUGUUUCUAAUACUCAAAAGGUUCAAGAUAGUGAGAGUUCUGAUAAAAACUUGUUGCAUUCUCUGUCCUCGGAAUCGAGUCCAAAUGAUUCUACCCUUGGAAAUGAAAAAGAAAGAGAUUCCGUUGAAUCAGCUAAUCGUCCUGUUAUAAACUGUUUGAAUGACUCAUUAGAUAUGGAAAUUAGUGAUAUUCCAUCGUCAGAGCCUAUGCUUGAAAUGGAAAACACAAUUUCUGACGACAGCAAAACAGAAAACGUUUUGACCGCCUCUGAUCUUCCUGCAUCAGAUUCAACUAGUGUUCUUGUUCAGAAUUCUGACGAAGCAAGCAAUACUAAUGCGGAUGGGAAUGAUGCUGCAGAUACAGGUAAUUCUGAAACAAACUCUUCCCCUAGCUCUGUGGUGUAUAAACAUGUCAAGGUUGCGAUAUCACAGGACCUCGAUGUUUUUAUCACUGAUGUUCCUGUUAAUGAUUUAAACGGUAAGGAUCAGAAGACUUUGACUCACGAUCAUGUCAAAGAGUUUUUACUUGGGCUGAAAGUAGCAGAAUGCAUUGCUGACAUUGACUCUUUGUGCCAUGUUUUCAGCGUAUCCCCUCCAGAUUUUGUCCAGUCUUUCCUAUUCAAAAUCGAUGUUGUGGUUCAAGAAGACAAAUCGAAAUACUUCAAGAUAUCAGAACCAUUACCUCAUGGCAAAGUUACUGCCGAAUCAGUAAAACAAGAUAUUAUGUCAGAUAUUUUGAUAAAUUCGUGUCGUAAUAUAGAUAUUGGCCACGAGGGUGACGCCAACACUGCUUUUAUGCAGUAUCUGGACGACUGUGGUACCCAGCUAAUUGACAAGGCAAAUUCAAACUCUGACGUGAAAACUCAGCUGCAAGACUUUGUCGAGCCACUCAAAUUCACGUCAUAUCUUCCGUGGAGAAAUUUAAAUUCUAAGUCUUUAGAUAACGUACUGUACUCACUGUUCAGUGUGUCAGAUACCAAUGUUAUCGUUCAUUCUAAACAACCCUUCAUGGUUAACUUUGAGGACAGUUUUGAGAAAGCCGUUAUUCUCGUUAAACCUCAAUACUGUUACGAAUAUGGAUUAGAAGAUAUCACGCACUCAGAAUACGCAGCUCUUUACCUUAAAACUUUACUUCUGGAAUGUGUGGGAGCUAUUGUUUUCCACGUCGAUAUGAAGACGUUCAACAUAGUCCAUGUAGAUAAGUUGUAUUUGGAGGAACUGUCUGACCUCUUCCCAAGAGCAGAAGCAAUCGGAAGGCUCACCUCAUUUUUCGGGCUGCUCCACACUUUGCGAGAGGGAAUACACGUUUACAGUCAUGAUAUCAACCAGGCACACGGUGUGCUCUAUGAGGAGCUGCAAAGCGAACAUAUUCAAGCUGAUCUCGUUCUAGACAAGGAUGUCUCAAUGGAACUGUGUAAGAUUGUUAGGCCAGUGCGACUAUCCAGAACUAAGUUGACCUCCUGGCAGAGACACAAUGUGAGACUGCCUAUGUGUUUUCUACCAAGGAAGAAUGGCACAUAUCUUUGCCAUGAGUAUCUCUCUAAAGAGACUUGCUCUAAAACGGGAACAUGUGCUUUCGCUCAUUUAAAUAAGGCACAACUUGAGUGUGAGCUUGGAGCAGUGGAGUAUGCGAGAUUCAUGGAAAACUUUUUGAAGCCUAAGGGGGAUAAACAGAUUAACCAAAACGAAAUGAACAAAAAGAAUCCUAAUUUUGGAAAGAUCCUUCAUAAGAAGCACAGGCAUCGGAAGAAAGGUGGUCCCUCACAGAAGAAAAAAAGUUGAGAUCGUUUAAAUUGGCUUUUAUGUGCGAGGUAGUUUUGCUACGGACAUUUUUAACGCAUUGUAAUUUAUUGUUUUAUUAUUUAUUUUUAUAUUUGAUGACGAUGUUUGACGUUUUGUUUAUGUUCAGAAUUAUUGACCAACUUUAGUUGUGUUUAAUCAUAUCAUCUUUUGGCUGAGAAUGUAUGUUCACCAAGGUUACAUUAUAUAAGUACGAGUGAACCAAAAAUAUUUUUAUGAAUAAAUUUAUUCAUGUAACGUGAUAAAAUGAUAUCAGUUAAUAAAGUCAUAGUUCAUGCUGAACUAGGGGCGAUAUCGGCUUUAUUAAUCACUUGCAAUGGUUCCAAUAUAGUUACCUACAUGAUCUUGGUAAAUUCAAUAUAAAAUUCUCGUGUCCAUUAUCGCACUCAUACCCUCUUCAACCUUCAAACCCUCCAGGAUCAGACAUUAUUAUAUGGCAGAGGAAAAUAAAAAGAAACCAUGUAGGGCAUGUAACACUUACACCGACCAAAAGAAAGACUUUUUGCAGACAGUCAAUAGAUUUACAAAGCCUAAACGUGUACAUAAAGUAUGUCCACCGGAUCGAGAAGAGCUUGGACGUAACACGUGGGGAUACCUGCACACCAUGGCUGCCUAUUGGAAAGAUGCCCCUUCCACCAAGGACAAGUCGGCCAUGCGCACAUUUAUCAGGCAAUUUUCCAAGACUUACCCAUGUGAAGACUGCGCAUACGCGCUGCGAGUCUGGAUGAAGAGUAAUCCCCCGGAUGUAGCUUCACAGAGUACUUUAUCAAGAUGGUUUUGUGAGGCGCACAAUGAUGUGAACGAGAGGUUGGGCAAGAAACUAUUUGAUUGUUCAUUGAUUGAACAACGGUGGCGAGAUGGCUGGGAUGACGGUUCCUGUGAUUGAUUAAGUUCUACAAGUUUUAAAAGCGGUUUGACGUUAUAUUGAAAUUCAAGAUAUUGGUGAAUUCAUCAUAUUGUGACCUUUUAAUGGAAAGGUGUUACUUUUACAAUGACGUGAUGACUCGUGAAUAAGUUAGAAGUUUUGAAUGAAUUAGUCAUCAUUCAACUUUAAGUCAGCAUGAUUUACUGUGUUGUAGAUUAUUGAAAUUGUUAAUGCAAGUUCCUUGGAUAUUGAUUCAAUGAUAAA